AAGAUUGUCAUUAAAAAGGUAUAACUGAAGCCGUCUACUGUUUACCGCACCCUGUGGUAAUAACACUGAUGUGACCCCAUCCCGAAUGUACGAAUGUUUAAAUAAUCGUAAAUCUUCGAGAUCGCUGGGCUGAGGAUUGACACCUUCCUUUGUGUACGUUUUAAAAUGUUCUAAGGAAUUUGCGAUCGAUCACUGGAGUAGGAAAGCUUGUAUCAUUUCAGAAUAGGAUCCCAACAUUGUUCCAGCGCAAGUGUCCUCAAACGUGGAACUUUUCAUUGCCACCGAGAAAACGUAAAGGACAGUCAUCGACAUGCUAUUUGUUAUUCUGCUUUUAAUCUCUACCCUUACGUCAGUGAGGGCAACCUACGCCGAAGAUUUCCAUUGGGCAAAAGCUGUUCGAGAAAAUGAAGGAGCUGACUUGGAGUGCUAUGAGCCCAAUUUAAAUCUGAACGUAAUGAAUAAUACAGGCAGUGUAGAAUGGAAGAAACCUAAUGGAGUAAUAAUAAGGGCAAACGACAACGAUUUUCUUUUAGAAGAUAAGGGAGGGUACAAGCACAUGAGGCUAACCAUUCACAAAGUCAACUCAACAAACAAUGGUAUUUAUAAAUGUGUGCUUACAGGGACAGGUACGAAAUUGAUCCGUGGUAUCAAUGUUCGUGGUCCAGUAUAUACCAAAUUUCUCGAUCAAUACGAAUAUAAUAUAAUUGUGGCAGUAGUCGCAACAGUAGUAUUUCUUGUGCCACUCCUUGGCAGUUGUGGCGUGUACAAAUUCCGAUACAUUGAAGACAAAGAAGAAAAACAAGACAUGUUUCACAUGAGACAUGGUGAAAGCGAUAAUGGACAGGCAAUGGUGGAGAAAAAGACAAUAGCUGCAAAAGUAGAAGCAAACGAAGGUGGAGGAGCAUACGAAAAUGUUAAUGGUUACGACACUGCAGAUGACAUUGAUACGAAACUGUAAAAUAAAAAGAAACAUUUUCAACAUAAUCAAGGUAUAUUUCUUGUAUAUUGUAUAGAUUCACAUAUAUUACAAUUCCACUAGUGUUUAUGAAUAUGCAACAAGAGAUAUUGUCAGAACAUUAUCUAAAGCUCUAGCCCUUCUCAUCAUGUAUUGUAUAUGUGUGAUUUGAUUUAAUUACUGUUUGUUUAGAUAUAAUUGACUCUGCAUAAUGUUUGGCAUUUAAUUUCGUGAGUUUUUAGUUUGUAUUUGAAACACUUUGAGCGGUUAAGUUCAGAAUAAAUUCUUUAUGUACUGUU